AUGAGCGAAGAUCAAUGGGAGGACACCUACGACUUCCCCAAGCCGCAGCCCACGGAAGAGGUCGUGUGCUACUGCAAGAGCGGCAUGCGGAGCGAGAUGGCCUGCAACUUCCUGCGACAGAAGGGAUUCACGCGCGUGGCCAACUACCAGGGGUCCGCCCUCGACUGGUGGUCUUCGUGA